CAAACACUCAAAGACACGAAUACUCAUUCAAAUACAGAGAAAACGUUUGCAUACCAAGACGUUAUUGAGUCAAGAACUGUUGUGACAUCAUCAAUUUAUGUUUGUUCGUUCGACGUUCACAUUGACAAUUAAAUAAAUACCGUGUCGCUGUUACAUUCGGACAUUCCAGUAUUUGCUAAACAUUCGAUCUUUUCACAUUGUAUACACACAUUUUGGCUGGCAUUUUUUGCUUGUUUUCUAUUUUUACAUUGUUAAUUUCCUGUAACAAACCAAACAAACAUUAUGUCUUAUCCGGGUGGCUUUGGAGGCGGUUAUCCUGGUCAAGCACCGCAAGGCGGUUAUCCUGGUCAAGCACCACCACAGGGCGGUUAUCCUGGUCAAGCACCGCAAGGCGGUUAUCCUGGUCAAGCACCACCACAGGGCGGUUAUCCCGGUCAAGCACCACAAGGCGGAUAUCCCGGUUACAAUCCCCCUCAGCCUGGGAACUACGGAGGCUAUGCUCCGCCACCGGCUUCAGCAGGCAUUCCAGGCAUAUCACCGGAUGUUGAACGAAUGUUCAAUGCCGUCGAUACGGACCGUUCUGGAAAGAUAACACCAAAAGAAUUACAAUCAGCAUUACAAAAUGGGAAAGGGCAAAAUUUCUCGAAUCGAUGCUGCUCAUUGUUGGUUUCAAUGUUUGAUACGUCGAACGGCGGUUCGGUUGAUAUUCAUCAAUUUAAUAAAAUGUAUGAAUACAUAAACCAAUGGCUGAAUAUUUUUAAGACAUACGACCGUAACGCAUCAGGUUUAAUUGAUGAUCAGGAAUUGAAUCAAGCAUUUUCACAAAUGGGAUUCAAUUUUUCGCCAAACUUCACGAAGAUGCUGACAAGUAAAAGCAAUGACCGAAAGGAGGUGUCCGUUGAUGAGUUCAUCGUGUUAUGUGUUACCAUUCAACGUUUAACCGAAGCGUUCCGUGUACGCGACACACAACACAAUGGGAUGAUCAGCAUUGCUUUCGAAGAUUUCCUCAAUAUCGUUCUAACUAACACAAACUAAUUGCUUCCACGACAACGCAACAUGCACAUCGCUGCCUAUCUUGCACAAAGAUAUUACAAUAUUCAAACACAAGCACACAUUUUAGGUAGUUUAAUUCAAAUCGAAGGCCGUUUUAAUUUUUUUUUAUCGAGAGAUGUUUCUUCAUCAAUCUGAUUGGUUCUGUCUGAGUGCAGACACUUUUAUUUUGUGCGAAAUGUACCGUAAAAUGGGCUAAUUUUAUACUUUUCUGCCUCUAAAUAAUGCCAAUUUGCCAAUUGAACGUUUUGUUCGGUUUUGAAGAAAAGUUUUUUUAAUAAAAAAUUAGUUCAUGUGUCUGUGCACAAGGAAUCUUUCAAGCUGAAUAAAAUCCAGUUGAAUGAAUAAAAUUAAAUUUUUAAUAUUGUUAAGCAAAUGAGUCUAUGUAAUGAUGUUGGUUGGUCAGAUUGUUUUUUUUUUUAAAUAAAGUCAAACAGUGAUCAAAAGAUUUGGUUCAACUGA